GUGGAGUAACUGACAGACUUGUUUUGAUUGCAAUUGAUUGUCAUCUAAUUUAAAUAGAUUUUAAUAUUAUUUUCUUGUUCUACUCGUAGCGAACAACAUAAAAAUCCAAAUACGUACGUAUAUUAAUUGUUGUUACAGCCGCGUAAUCUUAUAUUUGGAAAAUGUGAUGUUUUAAUAGCAACAAUUGGUUAAUUCAAAGAAAGUAUUAGUCACUAUUAAAAUGGGAAAACAUGAAGUGGGUACUCCAAAGUAUAUCGCAAACAAAAUCAAAGCCAAGGGGUUGCAGAAGUUGCGAUGGUACUGUCAAAUGUGUGAGAAACAAUGCCGGGAUGAAAAUGGAUUUAAGUGCCACACAAUGUCAGAAUCACAUCAUCGUCAAUUGUUACUCUUUGCUGAUAAUGCCAGUCGAUAUAUGGACCAGUUCUCAAGAGAAUUUUCACAGGGUUACUUACACCUUUUGAAGAGACAAUUUGGUACUAAAAGAGUACCAGCCAAUAGAGUUUAUCAGGAUUACAUUGCUGAUAGAGGUCAUGUACAUAUGAAUGCUACUAUCUGGCUAAGCUUGACAGGUUUUGUCAAGUGGCUAGGCCGUACUGGAAAAUGUGUUGUUGAUGAGACUGAGAAAGGUUGGUUUGUCACAUACAUUGACCGAGAUCCCGAGACAUUAGCUGCUCAAGAGAAAAAAGCUAAGAAACAGAAAAUGGACAAGGACGAUGAGGAACGAAUGAUGGAUUUCAUUGAGAAGCAGGUAGAACGAGGUCGUCAGGAUGGAGAUUCUAAUGAUGCAUUCAAAGUACCACUAGUUCGUCCAGAGGAUGAUAAGCCUCUUGUAUUAGAACUGAAACUUAAACCUAAGGUAACACCUAUUACCGGACUGAAGACAGAUCUAACUAAAGCAAAAAGUCGGGCAUCUUCAAGCAUUGAAGAAGAAUCAAAUAACACAAUGGUUAUCAAAAAAGAACCUGAGGAUGAUACAAUCAGUGAAUUUUCUGUUGGACGAUCUGACACAAGCACCAGAAAGCGAGACAGACAUGACAGUGGUGAUACUUCUUCAAAAAGGUUAAAAAGUGAACAUUCCGACAUUAAGAAAGAGAAACGUGAUAAAGAGUCAAAGGGUUGGCUCCGAGAAGGUCUUGCUGUGAAACUGACAACAAAAAGCCUUGGUGAUAAGUAUUACAAAGCCAAAGGUAUUAUUCAAGAGUUGAUAGACAAACAAGGCUUUGUUGGCAAAAUUAAACUUACCAGCCCUAGUGAAGUCGAAGGUCAUAUAGUAAAACUAGAUCAGGCUCACAUGGAGACAGUGAUUCCUACAAUAGGACGCAUAGUUUUGAUUCUCUGGGGUAAAUACGAGGGAGAGAAAGCCAUCGUGCAGAAAGUUCGCAUCGAAGAAUUUAGUGUCGAUGUAGAGCUCGAAGGAGACAAGAAACUCGUCAAAAGAAUUCCUUACGAACAAAUUUGCAAGUAUGUCGGUAAACAAAGUUGAAUAUUUAAGAUUAGACUAAGCUGUGUUACUCGUAAGAGUGUCUGUGUACAUAUAAUAAAUUCUGAGAAUGACAUAAAUGAUAUUGAUACA